AAAAAUUUCAACCUUUGGCUCACUUCUUCUUUGCCUAGUUGGCUCUUUGCUCCUCACCAGAAUCAAAACAGUCUCUCUCUCUUCUCGUUUCUUCAAGAUUCUAUAUAUAUAAGAUUCUUAAGAUCAUACUAAGAAACAAUGAUAAGCAAGGAUCCAAGAUCAAGUUUGCCACCAGGGUUUCGAUUUCAUCCAACUGAUGAAGAGCUCAUUCUCCAUUACCUAAGGAAGAAAGUUUCCUCUUUACCAGUCCCGCUUUCGGUCAUCGCAGAUGUCGAUAUCUAUAAAUCUGAUCCAUGGGAUUUACCAGACAAGGCUCCGUUUGGAGAGAAAGAAUGGUUUUUUAGUCCGAGAGAUAGGAAAUAUCCAAAUGGAGCAAGACCAAACCGAGCAGCUGCGUCUGGAUAUUGGAAAGCCACCGGGACAGAUAAAUUAAUCGCGGUACCAAACGGUGAAGGAGUUCAUGAAAACAUUGGUGUAAAAAAAGCUCUAGUGUUCUAUAGAGGAAAGCCUCCAAAAGGUAUUAAAACCAAUUGGAUCAUGCAUGAAUAUCGACUUACCGAAACCCUAUCGCCCAAACGAGCGGGAAGUUGUAGGAGCGAUAGGCAAGCCGCUAAUUUUGAAGAUAGGGGUUUGAAAUCUAAAGAAGACUCUAUGAGGCUGGAUGAUUGGGUUCUUUGCCGGAUUUACAAGAAAUCACACACUUCAUUGUCAUCACCAGAUGUUGCUUCGGCUACAAGCAACGAAGAAUAUGCGGAAAAUGACAAAGAAUCAGUCCUAAUCAGCGAGACCCUCUUGCCAAAUUUGGAAAACAAUCAAACCCUUAAACGCCAGAAGUCUUCUUUCUCGAACUUAUUAGACGCUACAGAUUUGACUUUCCUCACAAACUUUCUAAACGAAACUCCGGAAAAUCAUACUGAGCCAGAGUUUUCUUUCAUGUUUGAAAAUUUCUCAAACCCUAAUAUCUACGGAAACCCUUACUUGGAUCAAAAGUUACCUCGGUUGAGCCCUCCUAGUUCUGAGACCAGCUUUAUCGGAAACAAAAGAGAAAGAAUGGAUUAUGCAGAAGAAACGACGAACACUUCCAAGAAGAUGAUCAACAACUUUAGUUACAAUAAUAGCAUAGAUCAUUUGGAUCAUAGUAUGGUUCAACAAUCUAGUUUUCUGAAUCACGAACUCUUAAUGAGUCCUCGCCUUCCAUAUCAAGGCUAGGAUAUUGUUUUCAAAACAUAAUUACCCGAAUUGGGGACCAUUUGAUAUGUGGUUGAACGUAGGAAUUGUUAUAAUAUGUAAUUUUCAGUCAUGUAGGGGAUCAUCUCAUAUAGAAGCUUAUAUAUAUUGAAAAUAAUGUUUUUAGCAGUUCA